CGUGAAGUAUCCAUGCCACCGCGUCAGAGCCAAGCUUGGCUUGGUGCGACAUGUGAACAACCACCCCUCCUUUUGAUACACUAAAGUCCAACAAACACAGAGCACACAUAAAUAAUCACAUUUAGGGAUUAUCACAUCCUCAAAGUAAAAUGGCACAAGAUCCACGUGCCCUUCUACAGAAGGCGGACAAGGCAGCAUCAGGAGCUGGCGGAGGCUUCAGUAUUUUCGGCGGGCGGGGAGAAAAAUGGGAAAAUGCAGCAGAUCUCUACACACAAGCGGCCAACGCAUUUCGAAUGCAGAAGAUGACUAAGGAAGCUGGCCAAGCGUUCGAGAGCGCGGCCUCUAUCCAGUUGUCGAAGCUUUCCGAGCCGGACGAUGCUGCGAACACAUAUGUCGAGGCGUUCAAGGUGUACCGCAAGUCGGAUCCGCUGGAUGCGGCGAGAUGCCUGGAUAUCGCCAUCAACCACUACACAUCAAAGGGCAACUUCCGCCGGGCAGCAACACAUAAGCAAAAUCUCGCAGAGCUCUAUGAGCAGGAAGUAGGCGACCAGAAGAAGGCAAUCGAGAGCUACGAGCUAGCUGCUAGCUGGUUUGAGAGCGAUAAUGCUGAGGCAUUGGCAAAUAAGCUGUACCUCAAGGUUGGGGACCUAGCUGCUCUCGAUGGCGACUACUACAAGGCGGUCGAGCAUUUCGAGAAGGUGGCUACCUCCGCCGUAAGCAACAACCUCAUGAAGUGGUCUGUAAAGGAUUACUUCUUGAAGGCAGGCCUCUGCCUGUUGGUUAUUGGCGAUAUGGUUGCUGUUAACCGUGCCUUCGAAAAGUACCGGACUAUGGAUUCUACGUUUGCGAGCACCAAGGAGCACCAGCUAUUGGUUGACCUGGCUGAGGCAGUUGACGCAGGCGACCAGGUGGCAUUUGGAGACAAGCUGUUUCAGUACGAUCAGAUGAGCAAGUUGGAUAACUGGAAGACAGCGAUUCUGUUGAAGAUUAAGAAUGCGAUUGAAGAGAAGGAAGAGGACUUCUCAUAGAGAGAUCGGGGGUGGUAACGACGUCGGUAGCUACGGCGUUGGUUUAAUUAUUUGUUGGUUGGUUAUUUGGAGCAAACAGAACAAUCGAGGUUCCCAUGGUGCGCCUUGUUUUAAUAAAGGAGUAGGCUUAUUAUUUAAACUA